AUGAACUUCUACCGGUGUUUCUCAGGGAACUUGAAUGGAAAGAAGUGGUACAUGGAUUUAACAUCUAUUAAAUUAAAAAAAAGGGCCACAUUCCGUUGUGUCAUUUUGACCGAAACAAAACAAGGGUCAUUCCCAGAGCUUCAGCGGGCCACGAAAGGAGAGGAAAAGACACCACUCCUGGAACGACGGAGCCCCCAAAGCAAGCGCAAUCCUGCUACAGUGGCAUCCAGCAGUCUUCGGGUGGGCGUCUUCCUCAUCCCGCGUCGUGCCAGCCCCGCGAGACGACCCUCCAGAACGCUGCGCGCGCCACUUUCAUUAUCCAAUCCCGGAACGUGCUGGGGAACCGCGCCUGCGCAGAGAAGAAAAGAGAGCGCCGCGUGGACGCCAGCUGCCGCCUGCGCUUGCGUGUGGGUCUCUCCUCAGCGAUUGGUUUUUACCUCUCGCGGGGUACGCCACACCUGGACGCAGGGUCGCGUCCCUCCUGCCUGCGCCUCGGGCCCGCCCUUCAAGGCCGGGGCCGCCUUCCCAAGUCUUUGGCACAAGGGCGGAGAGGAAGGACGUGCUGCGACGUGCAUUUAUGACAUUAACAGAGAACAGGACUGUGUCAAGAACUCUGGGGGUAUACUUGGUGAAAAUGAAAUAAGACCACCCUCCCAGCUACAUUCUCUCUUAGAGAAGACCAAGACAGGGUUCAUAUCAGAAAAGAUUUUUGAGACAGUGUCCUUGAGUUCAGACUCUGUCUUCCAGAGGGCAGUUUCAAUUCUCCAUACUUCUUACUUGGACUCUGCAUCUGAGCAUGGUUUUCAGUACAGUCAAGUGACUUUGGUGAAAAAUGACAUUUUCUUAAAUGAGUACAAAACUUUUUACCAAGAAAAAAAAGCAAGUAACUAUACUCAGGAAGAACUUCAAGAAACUUACGGGUUUCUUCUGUUUGAAACUGAAAAUCAGGCAAAAUUUGUAUGUCAGCGUGGACUCUGUGUUGGCAGCAGUGCUAUUACUACUCUGGGUGACCCAGCAAAAGGUGUAUAUAUUUCCAAAUACUCAGACUGUCUUCAUGCAAGACCAUGGUAUCAUGGAAAGUCUGGUUAUGUUGUAAUUUUUAAUCUAAUUAAGGGAAAAGUCAAGUUUGUGUCUGAGAAUUAUACAACUAACUACAUUAGCCCAUCUUCUGGCUAUGAUUGUCACGUGGCUGCAAAUACUAACAAAGUUUCUCACAAGACGAGUCAUUUUCGCGCCUUUGAACUGAGUCAGUAUUACCUGUAUGAACUUGCAGGCAGCACUGUUACUGAGCGACCUAGACAGAUUCAUCCUUAUGUAAUUGUCGCUUUUCAGUACAGAGAACCUAAAAAGAUGGCAGUGCCAACUCAUAAAAGCAUGUAAGUAAUUAUGUACAUAUUUUGUUUUACUGGAUUUGUUUACUUUGCUCUUACAAAAUUUCUUCUUUUU